UAAUAGUUUGAAGGUAAAUUAAUUAUAAUGGAGUUUUAGUUUGGGGUUAGAAUUAUUGUUUGAAUCACUGAUGAGAAAGUGUUUCAGGAUUCUGUUUUACUAUAUUAGCUGUGAAGUUUUUGAAUUGGCUAUUAUGGAUUUGAUAUUACAACAUAAAAUAAUCCUAUUUAUCAUUGAGAAUAAAUAGGGGGAGAUAAAACAUGGUCCUUUGAGGUUUGGACAGGACACCGUAUUAAGCCAAUAGGGCAGGAAAUUACAUAGAAAAAUAAGUUUCAGUUCUUAGGGGUGAUAAAUUACUGUAGAUAAGGUAUUCCACACUAUGCAACAUAUAUUAAAUUCAUGUUAUUGUCAGAUAGAAUACUGAGGAUCUCUGAAGGAAAGAGCUUGUAAGUGUAGGAAGGAUUUUGAAAAUGGUUAGCAUUAAUUUUGUCUUUGUUUGACUAUUAGGAGGUUUUUAUUUAAAUAGUAUUACAUUUGACAGGAAUAUAGGACAUCUGUGAUGAGUUAGAAUUUUUGUAAGGACUAAGAUAGAUUGAUUAAGGAAAUGUAAGGACUUUAGAGAUUGCCACUUAUAGACAUGUUUUUUCUCAAAUCAAUGAUUUUAGAUAAAGUCAAACAGUGAGACGCUUAGUGGCGUUUGAGAGAUAAGAGAGAAAGGGGUUACUGUUUAUGUCGAGAUCAUGUCUAAUUUGAUAGGCGGUUUGAACUCUGGGGAUUUCAAUAAGGUAAAGUGGGCCAGGGCUGACAUCUGGAGGUUGUGUGGGGGAAUGAUGUCAGGGCGAGGUUUUACCGGCAUUUGGACAGGAUUAUGCUCCCUUGUACAUUUGGGAAUGCCUUUCACACUCAUUCAACACCAAGACACGAAGUUAGCCAAACGGGAGAAAAGAGGUACUCCAUCUGGGUCUUUUGAUGAAAAAGUAUAUAUUGAUAACAUUGGGGUUCCACGGGAGGUGCCAGAUGAGUUCAAAGCAAGAAAUCAGAUCCUAGCAGGAUUAGAGUUAAGCAUUUCCGGGUGGUCUACUCUCAAUAAGAACGUGGACUGGAUUAAUUAUAUUUAUUAUAAUCAACAGCGCUUCAUAAAAUAUACCAGAGAUGCUAUUAAAGGUUUGGCAGAACAGACUGAAGCAACCAGCCUGAUGGCUUGGCAGAAUAGAAUUGCAUUAGAUAUGUUAUUGGCUGAAAGGGGAGGUGUAUGCGUGAUUUUUGGGACCAUGUGUUGUACUUACAUCCCAAAUAACACAGCUCCGGACGGAUCAGUGACCGAAGCUUCAGCUGGUUUGACCACCCUGGCUCACGGUUUGGCAGAAAACUCUGGGGUGGAUAUCUCUUUGACUAACUGGUUUGAUAGUAUGUUUGGAAAAUGGAAACAGGUUAUGAUCACUGUAUUAUGGGUUACCUUCAUCUGUGUAACUGUUUUAGUUUUAUGUGGCUGUUGUCUAAUUCCCUGUGUACGAGGCCUUAUUUCCAGGACUCUGGAGAAAUCGAUGACACAACAGAUAGUGAGGUACGGGCCGAUUCCAAGUUCUGACCCGUGGAGUGCUGAAUGCAUGUCUACAGAACAAGUGGACGAAUCUGGAUCCUUCAUUUGCGGGGAACUUAUGUUUGAUGAGACCAUUUUUGAUAUUUAGGGAGGUUAGGUUGUACCUUGUUUCAAUGAAGAUUGUAACGAAAAUUCUGAUGAGAAGAGUUAUGAUUCUGAUGUUGGCCUAAAAACAGUCAGUGUGAAUGCAAGUAGUGGGUUAUGUUUAGGUGAUGUUUUGAUAACAAGUAGUGGGUUAUGUU